ACGUCCUAAAGGAAGGCCAGCAGGAACUGCAAGAUUUAAAGGACCUUUGGAAACCUCUAAUGCUAGUAAUCGAACUCAAAAUAAGUGUAGUUUAUGUAAUAAUGUGGGGCAUAAUCGUGCAAUGUGUCCAUCAAAUCCUGGUUGGAAGAAAAGAAGGCAAGAAGUGUGA